AUGGACGACAUUCUGGAGCGGCUCAAAAUGCUCGACUACGAGCUCGCCUUCCGCGGCUUCACCCGCCUCACCCACACCUACUUUGCCAUGCCCGCGCCAAACCCGAACGAGCAGUUCCACUAUUUCAUGGCGCUCUGCUCAUGGCUGAUGGGACUACUCGGGUCCGCGUGGCAGGCGCCGAGCCAGUCGGAUGAUCCGAACCUCGCCGCACAGUCGCUCCACUCGCAGCUGCAGCAGGUGGGCGCCCCACUCUCCUUUGGCGGCUGGCAGAAGCUAAAGCAGGGGCACGGCGAGCCCUGCUGCGUCAUCCUGCAGUGGCUUCUGCAGCAGGCGAGCGGCCAAGCCCAACGACCGCAUGCGCGUUUGGUAGUCCCGACGCCCUGGCCCGCUGCGACAGAUCCCGAUCGAGUUGGCGACGCCGAGAACGAGGAGGAGGAAUACUACCACGGUGGUGGUGACGAGGCGGGACCUUCGGCUGGCCGGCAGGGCAAGCUGACAGACAACAUCCUUGAGGCGCAGGUUGAGCCAGAGGCUUGGAGAGUUGAGCUCGAGCGGGUAGCGCCGCAGCUCAAGAUGCAGGUGCUAUCGGACCCCAAGGAGUGGCGCAACCGGCUAGUCAACACAAAGUCGCACCAGGCGAAGCUGCAGGCGCUCGCGCCGGAGACGGCCGCGACGCUCGAGCGGCUUGCGGAGGAUCUCGCGCGGACUUUGCAGGCCAUUCAAAACGCCGAGCAGAAGGUCAACACCCAAUGCGCCGACGCGGUCGCGCGCUAUGCAGAGAGAAAGGAUGAGCUGAGGGCUCGCAUGGAGGAGUACAACAAGAAUGCUGACACGAUCAACGCGCUGACCAGUGAUCUUCAGUCCGUCUCGGAGGAUCUCGCCAAAGUGAAGGCGCAGAUGGACACCCGAGGUGCGUCGAUGACGGACACAAAGCCGCUGCUCAAGGUGAAGACGGCCCUUACGCAGCUGCGCACCGAGACAAAACAGCUCGAGAUUCGCAUCGGCGUGCUCACUUCGACGCUGACCUCGAAGAAGCUCAAGGAGGCGAGCAUACCGAGGAACUCAGAGGUUUCCAAGCGCGGCGCAGAUUGCGAAGCGUUCCUUGACGACGACGAUAUGGAGCAGCUCUAA